AAAGUUGUAAUUUAUAAUAUAAUUCAAUCACCCACACUCAUUGAAUUAGUUUAUUUUUGGGACUAGAAGAGCCAAAUUUUAAGUAAAAAUAAUGUCACGUCGUAAUCCUAACCUUAAAAUGAAACUGACUGCCGAGCCAGAGGUUCCAGUUACACCGCCGAGAAAUCUCGAUCAGCGGACAACAAUCACAAUUGGCGAGAAGACUUUUGAAGUUGACGCUGAUGGACUGGAGAAAAUCUGUGAUCUUGGCAGAGGAGCCUAUGGAAUUGUGGAGAAGAUGAGGCAUACACAAACGGGUACCGUAAUGGCUGUGAAACGUAUAACUGCCACAGUAAAUAUGCAGGAACAAAAACGUCUCCUCAUGGAUCUGGACAUAUCUAUGCGAUCGAGUGAUUGUAUGUACACUGUGCAUUUCUACGGUGCGCUUUUUAGGGAAGGAGAUGUCUGGAUAUGCAUGGAAGUCAUGGAUGCCAGUUUAGAUAAGUUCUAUCCAAAAGUAUUCAAAAAUCAACUCAAAAUGGAAGAAGAUGUUUUGGGAAAAAUUGCCAUGUCUGUUGUAAAUGCUCUUCAUUAUUUGCAUGCUAAGUUAAAGGUUAUACAUCGGGACAUAAAACCAUCUAACAUUUUAGUCAAUCGUCUCGGGGAAGUCAAGAUGUGCGACUUUGGAAUUUCGGGUUAUCUUGUCGACUCGGUUGCAAAAACUGUAGAUGCGGGAUGCAAACCGUACAUGGCACCCGAACGAAUCGAUCCUACCGGAAAUCCCCAGCAGUAUGAUAUAAGAUCUGAUGUAUGGUCAUUAGGAAUAAGUAUGAUUGAAAUGGCUACCGGCAAGUUCCCUUACAACACAUGGACUACACCCUUCGAACAACUUAAACAGGUUGUAACCGAUCAUCCACCACGACUUGAACCCGGUUCAUUUUCCCCCGAAUUCGAACAAUUCAUCACGAGUUGUUUGCAGAAGAAAUUCGAAGAGCGUCCUAACUACGAUACAUUGCUUAAAAGUCCCUUCAUAUCUGAUCACAUUAGUAGAAACACCGACAUAUCGGCUUUUGUUGGAAAAAUCUUAGAUCUUCCUGAAUAAUCCAUAAUCAAUGGAUGUUUUCUUUGUUAAAUUAUCCUUAAAACAGAAAAUUAUGUUUUCCUCUUUGCAUGCAGCAAUGCUGCGUUAAAAAAAAGAAGAGAAAAAAAAAAUCAGCCCAGUAUGUUUAAAACAAUUGUUGUUGAUGCACUUUAUAUAACUUUAUUAUACAUUUAUUUAUUAAUUCAAGUUAACAUUAACUCUCUCAAAAAGAAAACAUAAAAUGCCUACACAACAAACACAUACAUAAUUAUAUUAUAUAAAUCUACAUAACUCCAGAAAUGAUAAAAAAAAGAAAAGAGUAGAAGAAACAAUCGAGCAGGAUAACUUCAAGUAUUCCUUAAAAAACAGAAAAUAAAACUAAUUUUAAGUCAAUUAAUAAUAUAACGAAAACAAAGCAAUUUUUUUUGUAACAAAACAAGUAAAAAGUUAAUGAGCGAAAAACUAAUAAUCUAAACAAAAGAAAAUUUGAUGUAAUCAUUUCAUUUGUAUUAUUAAAUGGAAAACCAAAGGCCUUCGAGUUUUUUCUUUCUUUUUUUGCUACGAAAUAAACAUUAUGAGCCUUAAAUAUGUAAUAAAUUGCAUACAAAAACAAAAAAUAUAUAUUUUUAAUAAACAACACUUAGUGAGGUGUUUUUUGAUUAUUUAAGCCGAA